AUGAUUGGCAAGACUAGCGAAAAGUAUAAAUUCUUUUGGCAAGGAGGUAAUGAUGGUAAGGCUGGAGUUGGGGUAUUGGUUGCGGAGAAAUUGGUAGACAAAGUAGUCGAAGUGAGAAGGCUAGACAACCAGAUAAUGGUUAUCAAGAUGAUUAUUGGUAGAAAGCUAUAUAAUAUGAUCUCGGCAUAUGUUCCUCAGGUUGGAAGAAGUGAAGAAGAGAAAGAUGUAUUUUGGGACAGUCUAUUGGGGGUGACAUCGAGACUGGCAAAUGAAGAGGGGAUUAUCCUGGCUGGCGAUCUGAAUGGACAUGUGGGAGCGAGUAGUGAGGGUUAUGAAAGAGUACAUGGAGGGUUCAGUUACGGCAUGAGAAAUUUGGAAGGAGAGAGGAUUUUAGAAUUUAGUGAUGCUAUUUGUUUGUAA